AUGAAGAAAGAAAUGUCUAACACUUCUAACAAUUCAAACCACUCAGCUAGCUUUUUGAAAAGAGGAAGUACUGUUACAUUGUGGAAAAAAAAGGGAAAUGUAAAGGAGAUUCCAAAAGAUUCUGGAAAUGGAAGAGAAAUUCCAAAAGAUUCAGGAAAUGGAAGAGAAAUCCCAAAAGAUUCAGGAAAUGGAAGAGAAAUCCCAAAAGAUUCAGGAAAUAAAAAAGAAAAUUUGUUUAAUAAAAAAAAUAAUAUAAAUAUGGUCAAGGGAAGUAGUGCAAAUAUAUUAGCUACUUCAAAAUUAAAGAAUGAUGAUAAUUUUAAAAAUAAAAAAAAACAAAAAGACAAUAAAAAUGGUAGCCAGGUUAUUAGUAAAAAGCUGACCAUGCAAGAGAGCCAAGUGGAAAAUGAAGUGAGAAAUGAAGUGGGAAAUGAAGUGGAAAAUGAAGUGAGAAAUGAAGUGGAAAAUGAAGUGGAAAAUGAAGUGAGAAAUGAAGUGGAAAAUGAAGUGGGAAAUGAAGUGAGAAAUGAGGUGAGAAAUGAGGUGAGGAAUGAAGUAGAGAGUGGAGUACCAAUUGAAGUGGAAAGUUCAGGGUUUAACAAUGGCAAGGUAAAUAUUUUUUUGAAAAAUGAAAUCAAGUUUGAAAAUGCAGAAAAUUCAGAAAAAAAAAAUGGCGAAGAAGGAAUAAAAGAUGAACAGAGUAGUGUAUAUAAAAAAAUAUUAAAAAAAUUAAAUAUAGAUAAAAAUGAACAAGUUGAAAGUAGUCAUAUAAUAAUUUUAGGAAAUAAAGAUGUGGGAAAAUCUUCAUUAUUAAAAGCAUUGCAAAAAAUAGCAUUAGAAAAUGAUGGAGAAUAUUUAGACUUAUUAUAUAGAAGUGAAAUAAGAGUAUUGCCUUUUGAUUAUGGAUGUUUAAAUAUAAAAAAUUUCGAAGAUGAUAAAAAAAUACAUGAUACACAAGGUAAUAGUCAUGUUUGGAUUUUACAACAUCCUUUUUAUACUAGUUUGUUAAUUAAAAAUCUUAAAAAAAUUCAAAAUAUAAAAAAAAUUAUUAUAUUAAUUUGUACUGAUUUAUAUAAACCAUAUAAUAUAAUUUCUGAAAUAAAUACUUGGGUUGAUGUUAUGCAUAAAAUUUAUGAGGAAUUGUAUUCAAAUUAUGAUAUAGAUAUUGUUAGUGGGUUAAAAGAUGAAUUAGAAAAAUAUAUAUAUAAUUACAAACAAGGAAAAAAUUGUGAAAAAAAAGAGAAUCGAGAAAUUGAUGUAUAUUCGGGUUUAGAACAAAAUAUAGACAAUGUAAAAAAUGAAGAAAAUCAAAAAAAAUUAAUAAAAAUAAAUUUAUCUUUUCCAAUAAUUUUUGUGAUAUGUAAAUCGGAUGGAUAUGAAAUAUUAAAUAAUAGAACCUAUCAAGGAUAUAUAGAUGUAAUCAUAUCUUAUUUAAGAAAUUUAGCUAUAAGUUAUCAAGGUGCAAUCAUAUUUUGUAAUACAAUAAAUAAAAAUGAAUUAAUUAAUAUAGAACUUUUAUAUAAAUAUAUAAUGCAUAGAUUAUAUGAUUUCCCAUUUAAAGAAAAUGAAAUAUUAGAUUGUUAUGAAAAAAUAUUUAUACCAUCAGGAUAUGAUGAUGAAAAAUUAAUAAAUAAAUCAAUUAAAAAUACUUUUGUUGGAAAUUUUAACAAACCAUAUGAUUCUAUUAUUAUUAAACCAAUGACAAAUAAAACAAUUGUUGCUGAACAUAGUCAAAAUAUAGUUCCUGCAAUUUAUUAUAACGAUUUUUUAUCUAGUAUAUCUACAAACCCUUCUAAUGAUAACAUAGAAAAUGAAUAUAUAAAAAAAGACAUGAAUUCUAUUGAUAUUGAUAAUAGUGCAUUAUCAAAUGGAGUGAGAAAUACAGACAAAGGAAAUCGAAAUAAUAAUCUUGAUAAUAAUGAAAAUAAUAAUUAUAAUUCAACAAAUAAUGAAAAUAAUAAUGAUAAAAGCGAUAAAUUUUUGCAUAGUUUUUUUCAAAACCUUCUUGAAAAAGGAAGAUCGAAAUCUCCUAGUGUACCAGCUAUUGAUCCAUUAAUUUUAGAAAAAAAUAAAAUAGUAAAAUGA